AUGUCUGCCAUAUUUCGUUCUUCCGCAUCCAAGCUCCGCUGCUUAACGAUCUCCACCCUCUCCUUGAAGCCAUUGUCAAACCUCUUCCACUCGUCUGCCACCAGAGCCCCACCCACCACCACCCUUUUCCAGCCCCAGCUGAGCCUGCUAUUCCGCAGACCCCAGAAAUUAGGGUUUCAAGAGAGGCACAAAUGGGACGGAAGCUCAGAUAAGUACGAUCAAAUCAAGGCCGAGGUCAACUGCCCCCGAUGCUCCAAGAUGAUAACCGUGCUCUUCUCCAACCGACCUCUCUCCAUCACUGCCACCGAGAACGGGAUUUACCAGGCAGUCAGCAUGUGCUACAAUUGCCGGACGGCCUAUUAUUUCCGGCCGUUCAAGCUGGAGCCACUGCAGGGGAGUUUCAUAGAGAUUGGAAGGGUUAAGGGUGGGAGAGAGAAUUUUGCGGACGUGGAGGGCAAUGGCAUGGGGAAAGGUGGAAAAAAUGGGGUUAAGAUUUGGGAGAAGUUAAAGUCGUAUGGUUCCGGUGAGAUUAAUGCAAAGAGAGGUGAUUCUGAUGUUGAUGGUGAUUGUAAUGCGGAAGGAAACUCAGAGGGAAAGAGUGCAGGGGUUGUGGAGGAGAUGGUUAAAGUAGGGAAGGAGUUGCCAACUCCAAAGGAGAUAUGUAAAGUGCUCAAUGAGUUUGUUAUUGGGCAAGAGAAGGCAAAAAAGGUGCUUUCCGUUGCUGUUUACAACCACUACAAAAGAAUUAAUAGCCCAUUGGUGCAGAGCCAGUCAGGUGCUAAACCAGACUGUGCUGUCACUGAAUUGGAUUUUUCCAGUGACGAUGUUGUUGAGCUGGAGAAGAGCAAUGUCUUAUUGAUCGGCCCAACUGGUUCAGGCAUGAUGCAUGCUGCUGACUUCAAUGUUGAAGCAGCUCAACGUGGAAUUGUUUAUAUAGAUGAAGUUGACAAGAUAACCAAGAAGACCGAGAGCCUCAACAUGGGCAAAGAUGUAUCUGGAGAGGGUGUUCAGGAAGCUCUGCUGAAGAUGCUAGAAGGAACUGUUCUAAGUAUUCCUGACAGUAGCACGCCCAAGCAUUCACGGCAUGAUAGCAUUCAGAUAGAUACAAAAGAUAUCCUCUUCAUUUGUGGUGGAGCUUUUGUUGAUCUAGAGAAGACCAUUUCUGAGAGACGUCAAGAUUCCUCUAUCGGUUUUGGAGCACCUGUCCGCGCUAAUUUGAGACUUGCUGGAUUGAAUUCUGCUGCAGCCUCAUCUCUACUAGAACACGUAGAGAGUGGUGAUCUUACUGCAUAUGGUCUUAUACCUGAAUUUGUUGGGCGAUUUCCUGUUGUCGUGAGCUUAUUGGCUCUUGAUGAGGACCAACUUAUUAAGGUACUUACUGAGCCUAAAAAUGCUCUAUGUAAGCAAUACAAGAGGAUAUUCAGCAUGAAUCAUGUCAAUUUAGAAUUCACAGACAAUGCGAUGAGAUUGAUUGCUCAAAAAGCAAUAGCCAGGAAUACAGGUGCACGUGGUCUGAGAGCUAUAUUAGAAAAUAUUCUGACAGAAGCUAUGUUUGAGGUCCCAGAUGCAAAAACCGGUGAAGAUCAUGCAGAUACAGUCUUGGUUGAUGAAGAGGCCGUGAAACAUGGAGCAAAAUUGCUUCAUUCGGCAUGUGGGUUUGAUGAAACUUUCAGGCAGACAAAAUCGAAAAAUGAGGAAGAUAGAAGCCCAGUGAGGGUAGGCGAUGCGGAAGUUCUGGAGGGUUCAUGGCCUGCCGUUAGCUUGUAA